UUUUUUUUUUUCUCCCAUUUUCUGUGUAGCUGGGGUUUGUGAAGCUCCCCAUUUUUCUGCAACUACGAACCCUAGUUUUUCAAUACGCUAGAAGGAUGAUUAGAGGACCUGGGCUCUUCUCUGAUAUUGGGAAGAAGGCCAGAGAUCUUCUCACGAAGGAUUACAGCUAUGAUCAGAAGUUCACCCUCUCUACCUUCAGUGAGGUUGGAGUGGGCAUCACUUCAACGGCGGUGAAGAAGGGGGGAAUAUCAUGUGGUGACAUUGCUGUUCAGUACAAACACAAAAGCACCAUUGUUGACCUCAAAGUCGACACAGAAUCCAAUAUCUUGACAACAUUUACCAUCUCUGAAAUCCUGCCAUCCACAAAGGCCAUUGUGUCUUUUAAGCUGCCUGAUCACAACUCUGGAAAGCUAGAGGUGCAAUACUUCCAUGAUCACGCUGGUUUCAGCUCAAUUGUUGGCCUUAAUGGAUCUCCAACGGUUGAUCUUACUGGUACGAUUGGCACUCAAGGUUUUGCCAUCGGGGUAGAGGCAGGCUUCAACACUACCUCCAAUGCUAUGACCAAAUAUAAUGCUGGCUUAAGCCUAACGAAACCAGAACUAUGUGCUUCUGUUAUCCUGGCUGACAAGGGUGACAAUUUCAAGGUGUCAUACAUGCACACUUUUGAUAAGUUCAAUGCAAGUUCAAUUGUGGCCGAGUUGUCAAGGAAGUUCUCCACUAAUGAGAACACAAUCACUGUAGGAGGUGCUUAUAAGGUCGACCCAUUAACCACUGUGAAGGCUCGCCUCAACAACCAUGGAAAGCUUGGGGCCCUUCUGCAACAUGAGCUCAAGCCCAAAUCAGUACUCACUCUUUCUGGGGAGUUCGAUACCAAGUCCAUGGACAAGACUCCCAGGUUGGGGUUGGCGCUUGCUCUCAAGCCCUGAUUCAUUUUGCUUAGAGGUAGCAGAAAUUUGAUGUUUACAUUUGUGACUCCUAUUCAUCUUUCGUCUUUUUUGUCUCUCGCUCACUCUGGGUUUUGCUCUCUCUCUCUCUCUCUGGGUUUUGCUCUAAGGGAAACAGGCAAUAAAGAUUUCCCAUCCCCCCAGAAUUUCUAGAGAAUUUUAUGAGACAAUCUGGAUGUAAUUGGGGGCAAUCAGCCCAAACUUGGGCGUCAUUUGUUUUUUAAUGCGAAUAUUUGUAUUGUAAAUUUCCCGUGGGGGCCUAUUCUUACCACGGUUUCAUUUUGUGCGCCUCAAUCCUAAUU